AUGGGUCAAGAGGGUAAGCAAAGAUGGGGAGUUGUUGGUCGGAAGAGUAGUCAGGGUACGCCAGUUCCUGUAAUACGUGUCCGAUCUGCAUCAGCUGUUGCAAGUUCUGAACGAACAAUUCCUCCUGGUUAUGGAACAAAGCCAUUGUCAAAACAUUCAGGACUUCAGAAGUCUCAGGUUAGGGGCAAUAAGGAGAUGUCUCAAUCUGGAACUACAUCGCGCGAUCAUCAACGUAGUCAAGAAGCUCCGAUUCCGGGAGAUCACGAUUACGAAGACAAUUAUCAUGAAUACAGACCGAUUUACCCUCAGUCAAUUACUUUUGAUGGACCUCAACGCCAUGGCAUACCUUCCUCUCCAGUGGGCAAUCAAUCGUCAAUAGAGCCGGAAACCGCCUCCAGAGCCUCGUCUCCCAUCAUGUCACAUGGACCUCCGCCGCCACCUCCGCCACCCGUAUUGAGAGGGGCCAGCAAUGGAAGAGCAGCUCUACUCGACUCAAUCCAAGGCGGAACCGAGCAGCUCAGAGUAGCUUUCCCAAACAAAAAAGACAAGUCGACAAGCUCCAGUACAGGAAGAGUUUUAUACGACCAAACAGAGCACAGCCGGGAGGUCGAAGAGCGAGAACUUGCUCAAGCUGAAGGAUCAAAUGACGGACGAGACGCUCAGCCAGAACCGAACAGAGCGUUCCGUCAAGACCUCUUGGAUGCACUCCAGAGACGGAGUACUACAGGACCAGGUACUAUUGCCCAUGGCUUGACGGCAAGGAGAGAAUGA